AGACCCUCCACCAAUCAUGAGCCUGGUCUCCAGCUCCCUGAUGGGGUCUGAGUUCUUCAGCGACAAGACCUCCCCGCUGUCUCUAAACUCCAGCGUUUUCUUCAGCGAAGCAUCGGCGUCCUGCGUCCCAGAACCGCUCGACUUCCUCAUCAUCAACGUCGGGGGGAGUCGCUUUGUCCUGUCCCAGGAGCUGCUGGCCUCGUACCCGGAGACCCGGCUGGGGAAACUGGCAACCUGCAGCCGAGACUCGGCGCUGGAGCUCUGUGAUGAUGCCGACCUGCUGGAGAACGAGUUCUUCUUUGACCGCAACUCACAGGCUUUCCAGUAGGUGGAGCUAUUUUCUGUUAAGUGCAAACACACAAUGCAACAUCCAGAACUGAGCUGUCCAAUCAGGGCCUCUGAAUCUGUAGUUCCUGGUUUUUAUGAGCGCUAACUGAAGGCCGCCCGUCUCUGUUUGUUUCUGCUGACAGGUAUGUGAUGAACUUCUACCGUACGGGUCACCUGCAUGUGAUGGAGGAACUGUGUGAGAUCUCCUUCCUGCAGGAGGUCCAGUACUGGGGCAUCGACGAGCUUCGUAUCAAGGCCUGCUGCCGUGAGCGUUACUACCGCAGGAAGGAGCAGAGAGAGGGUCUGGACGUUCGGAGAGAGGUCAAGGCCGAGGAUGAUGAAGAGGACUUUGUGGGCGCUGCCUGCCCGGCUCUCCGGCGCUGCCUCUGGAACCUGCUGGAAAAACCGGAAUCAUCCCGAGCCGCUCGCACCUUCGGCUCGCUGUCUGUCUUCUUCGUGGUGGUGUCCGUCAUCAACAUGGUGCUGAUCUCUCUGGACCUGGAGGAGGACGUUGGUGUAAGCGGCGUGAGCGUUGCUGCUCCGCUGCUGUUCGACACUCUGGAGUACGUGUGCGUGAUGUGGUUCACAGGUGAGCUGGCGCUCCGGUUCCUCUGUGUGAGGGACAAAUGUCGCUUCAGUCGGAGUAUCCCCAACAUGAUCGACCUGCUCGCCAUCCUGCCCUUCUACGUGACGCUGGCGGUGGAGAACCUCCACGGAGGAAGCACAGAGCUGGAGAACAUGGGCCGUGUGGUGCAGGUCCUUCGACUGCUGAGGUCGCUCCGUAUGCUGAAGCUGGGCCGACACUCCACAGGUAAGUGGGGGGGGUUCAACUGUUUAUCCACAGUCACGGAGAAAAUAAACUUUUUUAACCCUUUGGUGUCUGAGAGGAGCGUUCAGAACUUUGCCCUCCUUCGUUAAUCAUCCAUGAGUCUCACCUGCUGCUCGUUUCCCUGCGUGUUUCUCGGCCUUUUUCUUUCCCCUUAAUUCUGCAGUCGGAUCCUUUUUCCUUCGUUUAGCCCUGCGACUGUGACAGAAUGAACCGAACAAAUACACAAAAAUCCACUCAAAUAAAACCAGAAUAAAACUAAAUGAACAGAACAGAUCGUGACAAGAGGAAACGUUUUCACCAUUUCGAUCAAGAACAUCCAGAUGACACUUUUUAAUGCUAAUUGUUUCAGAAAGUCAUUUAAGACUCACUUUUUAUGUUUCACACGCUGAAAAAAUCACCAUGGAGGCUUUUUUUUAUCGUCCUUUGGUUCCGUGUGUGAAAAUGUUUACGCCUCUUUUUCUGCCAGGAGUGAUUUUGCUCCUUAUCUGGUAAAAUGAAGGUGAAGUAAAAACUAACAUUUAGGUCUUCUGUCUCACCUGGUCUGGAAAAUUUAUGGAGAAGGAUCAGUAUCACAUGAUCACUUCAUCCAGCUCAUCUCCACUCAUGUUCAGCCUGACAGGAGGUCGAAACACACGAAGUGGAGAGAUUACAGCCCCGAGGUUUUUUUCAGGACGUAGAGAGACGAGGAGAAAAAUAUAUCCAUUCAUAUUUCUGCAAACUCCUCCAGGAGACGGAGCGAGGAGCGAGACGAGGAGCGUGAUCGGAGAACAGACGUGUCUGAGUGUCAGAGAGCUUCGAUCUGACGGUUUUUGGGUGAUGAUCCCUCAGCUCAUAAUUAACGAAAGAAGACAUGAAGAAAAGAGAGAGAGAGAGAGAGAGAGAGGGAGAGAGAGAGAGAGAGAGAGAGAGGGAGAGAGAGAGAGAGAGAGAGGGAGAGAGAGAGAGUGAGAGAGAGAGAGAGAGAGAGAGAGAGAGAGAGAGAGAGAGAGAGAGAGAGAGAGAGAGAGAGAGAGAGAGAGGGAGAGUCCAGAUCCAACUGCCCCAUCAGUAUAUGACAUAUAAAAUAAAUCAAACAGUAUAUAUAUUAUAUAAUUGUCUUCUGUGUAUUUAACUAACAGAGUGUCAGCUGGAUGAUCCUCCAAUAAUGAAAUUCCUCUAAAUCCUUUUUUUUAAAGUUUGGUGUUAAUUUCAAUAUAAAAUAUCCGAAGUUCCCCCUGAAAGCCCGUCCAGAUAAAAAAGUUCCUCUUUGGUUCCCUAACUCUCCUCUUCUAGAUGUCUCCACAGUUUUAUCAGAAGUUUUUGAGAUAUUUGAAAUAUCCUUUUCUUCAUUUUUCCCUGACUGAUAUUUAUUUUCAUUAUUUUGAUCUUAAAUCCAUUUUUGUGGAUUUGUUGUGUAAAUGUAGUUUAAACUCAUCCUGCUGAGACCUGGACUUCAGGGUCGGAUGGUGGACUCCUGUGGUCUCUGAGUCCUUUUGGAUUUUGGUAAACCGUUGAGGAGAAAGUGCGAACAGUCGUGAAGUGACUGUCGUUUGGAAAGUGUUUCUGGAGCGUGUAGGUUUGGUUCCAGAAUCAUCGAGCAGAGUUUUGAAUUUUAAAUGAUCUUUUUUUUGGUUACGAGUGCGCGCACUAGUUUGUUUUCAGGCGUGUCUUACCUGCUCGGCGUUCUCUGUGCGUCCGCUAGCAUGAACAUCACUCGUCUAAACAUGGACCACCAAAAAUGUUUUUUCAUUUUAACUUGACAGAGGAGGAUGAACGACGAACGUGAUUAAAAACACCUUCACCUGCGCGGUGUAACACUUAGCAAGUGUGACUAAACUCACUGCGUUGCUUCCUCCACUUCAGACAGUCGACCUUCAUCAUCAGCCAGAAACUCCUCGUUCCAAACAGAAUCCAGUCGGUGAAAAUUGUGGUUGUCUCUUUCUUAACAAACCUGUUAUAGACGACCAUUUCCUCAAACUGUCUUUAUCUGUUUACAGUUGUUGAACACUUGCAAAGUGAUGCUAACGUUAGCCAGUCACUUAGACUGUGACCUGUUGACUUCCAUCUUUAAGAAUCCUUCAGAAAAGUAAUCGAUAUUGAGAAUUAGAAUCAAUAUCUAACCCUAUUCUGCUGACAGGUGAAUAAACUGAAGGAAAGGUUUGACGGUUUGUUUGAGUCUGGACGGUGGGACCAGAGUCGGACCUGUGAACUCUGAGCGCGCUCAGUUCUGAUGUUUAACAGAUCCAGGAGAUGUGCAGACGUGUGAGAGACUAAACCUCUGCACAGCUGUCUGUAAGAGUAACAGAGUACAGGACUUACUACGAACUCUCUUCUUCUUCUGCUGCUUCAGUCUUCACGUGGAAUAAAUCUGUUUCCUCCUCCGACUCUGAAGUCUCUGCAGACGUAAAAACGAUCAGUAAACUCACUCCGUUUUAAACACUUCCGCUCUCGUCUCUGUCUCUGCGGAGAGAGAGAAGAUGACAGUCAUCGACAGGUGUGAUCGUCAGUUCAGAGCCGCUCUCAUGUGGGUUUAUUUUUACAUUUGUCGAUUCCUCUGAGACGGAUAUGAGACGUGAUCUCAGGCUGUCAGUCACUCAUGAUGGAGAGGAAGUUCAUUUCUAAGAUGAGAGUCAGUCCGACUGUUGACACAAACUCCUGAGAGAUUCACGGAUCUUAGAACCGGACCUGUGGACGGAAGCCACGUUUAAAUCAGGUUUAAAUCAGGUUUAAAUCACUUUAAAAUCACGUUUAAAUCACGUUUAAAUCACUUUAAAAUCACGUUUAAAUCACUUUAAAAUCGCGUUUAAAUCACGUUUAAAUCACGAUUAAAUCACGUUUAAAUCACUUUAAAAUAACGUUUAAAUCAUGUUUAAAUCACUUUAAAAUAACGUUUAAAUAACGUUUAAAUCACUUUAAAAUAACGUUUAAAUCACUUUAAAAUAACGUUUAAAUCAUUUUUAAAUCACUUUUAAAUAACUUUUAAAUCACGUUUAAAUCAUUUUUAAAUAACUUUUAAAUAACUUUUAAAUCACGUUUAAAUCAUUUUUAAAUAACUUUUAAAUCACGUUUAAAUCACUUUUAAAUCACUUUUAAAUCACUUUUAAAUCACUUUAAAAUCACGUUUAAAUCACGUUUAAAUCACUUUAAAAUCACGUUUAAAUCAUUUUUAAAUCACUUUUAAAUCACUUUUAAAUCACGUUUAAAUCAUUUUUAAAUCACUUUUAAAUCACUUUUAAAUCACGUUUAAAUCACUUUUAAAUCACUUUUAAAUCACUUUUAAAUCACGAUUAAAUCAUUUUUAAAUCAUUUUUAAAUCACGUUUAAAUCACUUUAAAAUCACGUUUAAAUCAUUUUUAAAUCACUUUAAAAUCACUUUAAAAUCACUUUUAAAUCACGUUUAAAUCACUUUAAAAUAACUUUUAAAUCACGUUUAAAUCAUUUUAAAAUCACUUUUAAAUCACUUUUAAAUCACGUUUAAAUCACUUUUAAAUCACUUUUAAAUCACGUUUAAAUCACUUUUAAAUCACUUUUAAAUCACGUUUAAAUCAUGUUUAAAUCACUUUAAAAUCACAUUUAAAUCAUUUUUAAAUCACGUUUAAAUCACGUUUAAAUCACUUUUAAAUCAUUUUUAAAUCACGUUUAAAUCAUUUUUAAAUCACUUUUAAAUCACGUUUAAAUCGUUCCCGGGAAUGAAGCGAGGCGAUGAUUUUACUUUGCUUCGUGUGAAUUCACCGUUAGAGUUUAAGCUCCUCCCCCUCUGUCCUGCAGGUCUGAAGUCUCUGGGUCUGACCAUCGCUCAGUGCUACGAGGAGGUCGGCCUGCUGCUUCUCUUCCUCGGCGUCGGCAUCUCCAUCUUCGCCACAGUGGUCUUCACCCUGGAGCACGAGUUUCCCUCCUCCACCUUCAGCAGCGUGCCGGCCGCCUGGUGGUGGGCGACCACCUCCAUGACCACGGUAGGCUACGGAGACAUCCGGCCCGAUACGGUGGUGGGGAAGGUUCUCGCCUUCCUCUGCAUCCUGUCAGGCAUCCUGAUCCUGGCGCUCCCAAUCGCCAUCAUCAACGAGCGCUUCUCCGCCUGCUACUUCACCCUGAAGAUGAAGGAGGCGGCGACGAAGCACGGGGAGAUGCUGAAGAGGCUGGCCCGGGGUUCAGUGGGCGGGGUCAGCAUUGGGGCGGGUGUGAAUCUGAGGGACGCUUACGCACGCAGCGUUCUGGAGAUGCUGAGGCUGCACAGGCGAGAAAGGGCGAGCACGAGGAGCAGCGGAGGAGACGAGCUGUGGUGGUAG